AACAUGUACUGCACAGUAGAAAUGAACCUUCGAACCUGAUCUCUGUAAAUGAACUCAAGCCGAAACAGAAGUUUAUAGCGAACACAUAAAGCUCAUGGUGGCAAUGAAGCCGACCCUUUGUGAUACAGGUUUGUGAUGCAUUCAGCAUGACUUUACCGGUAUAAAUGUUUGGCAAGUGCUUAAGGAAACGAUCACAGUGCAUUUACAUAACAGAUGGCGCCUGAUGGUAAUUUUCACGUGCAAUUAACUCCAUUCAUGAAGAUGGCAAGCUCAAACACUGCGUUACGAGACUGUUUGUGUGUAUAUGUGUUUUAUGGUGUUGGCUAUAAUUGAGAAACAAGAGGUCACAAGAAAGAUUAUGUUCGUUUGUUUACACUUUUCGCCAUACUGUUGUUAUUUUUAUGUUCAAGGUUUUGAUUUUGUCUCAUCAGUAGUGGACUCUUACGCUCUAUCUCUGCAUGGUUUCAUAUGUGCUGGAAAACGAAAUACAAUGGAAGCAGAAAGGCAAGGGGUAAGUGGAAAUCCUUGUGUAUGUGGGAUUCUCCCGUGAGUUGUUUGAGGUGCGCAGUUUUGGGAACUGUAAGGAUUCUGGCUCGACAAGGCUUCAUUGGCGUGGCGUAACUGCGAGAGCCAUAAUGCGCAAUGACCCACUGCAAGCUUUCCUUCAGGAUCGUACGCCAAACUCCACUCCAGAACCGAUUAAAGGACCCCCCUUGAUGUUGCUGGAAGACACCUGUAAUCGCAUCUGCCAUUCCCGUGCACCCAGAUCCAUGGAGCACCAGCACAUCUCAUAUGAAGGCUCCCCACCAAAGCUCUUCCAUCCCUGGAUAAGUGAUUCAUCUUUCUCACAGCACCUCCAGACCCCGUUAAGUCCACACCACGAACUGCCACUGACAUCGCCGGCCGAGCACUAUGACUUCUCGCCCCUGAAGACGUUGCCUUGUGCGUCAGCAUGCGCUACUCUUCCCACGUCUUACGUGCCCACGCACAAUGGAUUUUUGGACCAAUGGUGGACUCCCAAUCACUCCUCAGCACAUCAAUUCGAGAUCCCCCGCGGGUGGGUUCUUGGUCACCCUGAGCUCGGACAGUACCAGACUCAAAUCGCCACCCUGUUGCACUCCAAGUCUCGCAGAUGCCGGAGGUGCAUGUGCCCCAACUGCCAAAAGAGCAGCGACGCGCCGGGGAAGAGAAAGCAGCACGUGUGCCACAUGCCGGGCUGCGGGAAGGUGUACGGCAAGACGUCUCACCUGAAGGCGCACCUGAGGUGGCACGCAGGUGAGCGGCCGUUCGUCUGCAGCUGGAUGUUCUGCGGGAAGAGCUUCACGCGCUCGGACGAGCUAAAGCGGCACGUGCGCACGCACACCGGCGAGAAGCGCUUCACCUGUCCGGACUGCGCCAAACGCUUCACGCGCAGCGACCAUCUGGCCAAACACCUGAAGACGCACCUGAUGCGCAAGAACAGAGCGCUGUUCCCGGUGCUGGAGCACGUCAACAAAACUCUUGAACACAAGUCUUAGAUAGAAUUUUGUGAACACUUUUUGUCAGUAUAUAAAAUGUUGGGGUGUGUUUUUAAUUCAAGUUAAUCUUUCCUUUGGGGCAAGCUGUCAAAUUUGUUUGUAAAUGUUAUACAUGUGCAUAUUCAUUUUAUUAAUUACAAUAUUUGUUGGACAAAUCAAUAGUUUCACAUUUUUGUGUGUCUGAUGUUUCAUCAAUUGUUUUCAUAAUUGGUUUCAAAAUUCAACAGAAAAGCUGUUUGAUGUCAACAUGCUUAAAAGAUGUGGUUAGGCCAAGUCUUUCUUUCUUUCUGACUUUCUGAAAUGUUCAAAAUCGUUUUAAUGUCAGGAUUUUAAGGUAAGUGUCUUUACAGAAAACUUUUGACCUUAUGAAAUUCUGAAGUAAUAAUGUUGACCCUAUGCAAUAUGGGUUAGGGUUAAGAGGAACUUAAGCAAAUACGUUAAUUGCUUAGUUUUCUAAAAU